AUGGACGCAAAGGCAGCAACAAAUUUUGGAAACAUGAUAUUAAACCGAACAAUUUUCAAAUAUGCAUAUAUUAAUACAACAGCCUCGGAUCCUGGCGGCAAAGUUUUAGAGUUAAAUGUUUGUAUUGACAUGCCCCCUAAGGUUGUAUCUGACGGCUUUUGGGCUAAUCAUGAUCAAGCUGCAAUGCCUAUGCAAUCCACUUUGCCAUUGUUAGAGCUUCAAAUUCUCACAAUCUUUGUCAUUACUCAAUGCUUUCAUUUGGUACUCAAACGCAUUGGAGUCCCUUAUUUCGUUUCACAAAUCUUGGCUGGUUUAGUUCUAGGACCAUCAUCUUUGAAGAUUUCAAAUAGAUGGAAUGGAUUCAAAAACAUCUUGUUUCCAUACGGUAUUGAAGAUGUAAUAAGUGUAAUAUCCUUAAUUGGCUAUGCAUUUUUCCUGUUUCUAUGUUGUGUGAAAAUGGACUUCACCAUUAUAACAAGAACAGGUAGAAAAGCAUGGGCAAUAGCUUUUUGUUCCUUUAUGAUUCCAACGUUUGUUGGUCUCGUAGUAUGUUACAGAUUCUCAGAAUAUUGGGGACACAAGAUGGGAGAUUUCGAAGCAAAAAACCUUCCUGUUAUAGUUAUAGGACAAAGUGGCUGUUAUUUUGUUGUGAUAGCUUCUUUGCUCUCUGACCUUGAGAUUCUUAACUCAGAACUUGGACGUUUAGCACUCUCAAUAGCAAUGGUUAUGGAUUCUUUCAACUCAAUUGUUACAGGAAUUGGCACAGCUUUUGUUAGCAGCCUCCCAGCUGAUCUAAGCAAGGGUGCUGAUGGAGCGGCACAUGUUAAAGCUUUUUUAGCUGUUUUCUAUUACAUUUGUUUCAUGGUAGUGACUCCUCUUGUAGUUCGUCCUAUACUGCAGUGGUUUGUUAGUAGAACGCCAGAAGGUAGACCGGUGAAGAAAGAAUACACCUAUAUUGUGUUCGUUAUGGCUCUGGCAGUUGGAAUGUUGGCAUUAGUGCCAAAGCAAAGUAUUAUAGGUGGAAUGUGUUUGCUUGGUCUUAUUGUACCUGAAGGUCCUCCAUUAGGAACUGAAAUGAUUAAGCAAUUGGAAUUGUUUUGUAGUUGGUUCCUUUUUCCCAUUUUUGUCACAAGUUGUGCUAUGAAGGUUGAUCUUAAUAUGCAUGUUAAAAGCGAGUAUGUUUAUGUUUGGCUUGGUUUUAUUGUUGCUAUUCAUUUGUUUAAGAUGCUGGUGACCACUGGAAUUUGUUGGUAUUGUAACAUGCCUAUGAUUGAUGGUUUGUGUCUUGCUCUCAUGUUGAGUUGUAAAGGUGUUGUGGAUUUUUGCACGAAUGUGUUUCUUCAUGAUGCCAAGCAUAAGUGGUUUAUAAUAAUUUACUUGUUGAAUAAAAGUUAUCUAAUUUUGUCCACUAUAAUGCAUGUGCAGCUUUUUAGCAAAGAAUCACUAUCCGUUAUGAGCUUAAAUGUGUUGGUGAUUGGAACCUUGGCACGCAUUGGUGUGAAGUUCUUGUAUGACCCUUCAAGAAAAUAUGCAGGUUAUCAAAAAAGGAACAUCUUGAGCUUGAAACCAAACUCAGAACUUAAGAUAGUUUCAUGCAUCCUCAAACCAAGUCACAUAAUUCCCAUCAAGAAUGUUUUUGACAUUUGCAGUCCGACAUCAAACAAUCCAUUGGUAGUUCAUAUCAUACAUCUCAUGGAGCUUGUAGGAAGGUCUUCACCCGUUUUCAUCUCGCAUCGUCUUCAAGAAAGAAUUGGUUCAGGUCGCUACGCUUUCUCUGAGGAUGUUAUUGUUACCUUUGAUCUUUUCGAACAUGACAAUUUAGGUACUGCAAAAGUGAAUACCUACACAGCUAUAUCUCCUAUGGGUUUAAUGCACGACGAUAUUUGUUAUCUUGCAUUAGACAAACUUGCGUCCAUCAUCAUUGUUCCUUUUCAUUUGAGAUGGUUAGAGGAUGGUUCUGUUGAAUCAGGGGACGCGAACAUCAGGUCUUUGAACACCAAGGUUCUUGAAAGAGCACCUUGUUCGGUAGCGAUCCUUGUGAAUAGAGGAUACUCUUCUCCAUUCAACCACAAUGAUAAUACAAAGCAAAUUGCCAUGAUUUUCUUGGGGGGUCCAGAUGAUAGAGAAGCGUUAUGUUUAGCUAAAAGGACAAUCAAAGAAGAUACUUAUCACUUGGUUGUGUAUCAUUUGGUUUCAUCAAACAAGAAUGAGGAGGCCACUAAUUGGGAGGUUAUGCUUGAUGAUGAGUUACUAAAGAGUGUUAAGGGAGUUUAUGGUAGUGUAGAUAAUGUGACAUAUGAAAAAGUAGAAGUUGAAAACUCUUCAGAUACCACUGCAUUCAUCUCAGAUAUAGCGAAUCAACAUGAUUUCAUUAUAGUUGGGAGGCGAAAUGGCAUCAAAUCGCCUCAGACACAAGCACUUGCAUCGUGGACUGAGUAUCCAGAGUUGGGUGUGUUGGGAGAUUUGCUUGCUUCACCAGAUACUAUUACCAAAGCUUCAAUUUUAGUUGUGCAGCAACAAUUAAUGCCUAAGCCGUGAUGAACAUUUACGUACAUGUAUGUAUACACAACAUUUUCGUGUACGCAUCAUUCUAGUUAUAGAUACAGAUUCUAAUGUUGUUGCGCAAAUUUUCACCAACAUACUAUAUUCUAUCACAUUCCUGUUGUAGUGCAGAUACUUCUUGAAAUUAUUUGUAUUAUAAUGUGAAUAUUCAUUUGCAUGCAAUAGUGGGAAUUAGAUAUUCGCAUACCAAGUCCAUAUGUCA